AUGGCUAUUUCAACCUCAAUUACUCCUGAUUACUCCAAAGGUGCUCCAGUUUCAACUGCCACUCCAGUGUUCACUAUUACAAUCAAAGUCCAAAGUUUGAAUCAAGCUACAGAAACUCCUUCAUCUAAUCAUGUAUUAGUUUACGUUGUCAUUGGUGAUGGUGAACUUACCACUAUUCCUAACUCCAAGAAUUUAAAAAUUGCUUGUAAUGGUAUCACUGGUACUGACAAAAUUUCUGUCAAUCUUAAGAACAGUACCAGAGUUUUAGAUUGUGAUUUAUUCGGUAGAACGCCUAAUGGAUCCACCAUUCAAAUUUACUACACAGGAUUAAUCCAUGAAAAUGAUAAAUUGAAAGCAUUUGAAAGUGGUGAAAGCAAUGUUGCUGACUUCAAUGACUACAAUCAUUUCAACUAUCCUCAAUUCAAAUUGGGUGAUGGUAUUGAAGAUGAAUACAAAUGGUUAGCUGAAAACUCCUUCAUUGGUCAAGGAAGAUUCAUCAAAGAUGAAGAAGGGAGCGCUUACGUCCAAUAUGUUGUAUCCAUUCUUGAAAACCCAUAA